CAGGGCACUGAGAGUUUUGCUCUGCACUGAAGUCAGCCAGUGUUCAGUCAGAGUUUGGUCAUGUCUGGACUGUUGGGUGUUCGCCUGCUGCUGCUGUGGGGCUGCGCCUGCCUCUGGCUGAGCAGCUCAGCCUCGGGAGCUCUGGUCAUCUCCAGGCACGAUGAAGCCAUACAGGAAAGAAGAGGAGCUGCCAGAUCACUGCAGAAAAGAAGUACAAAUGAAGUAAUGGUGGAGGUGCACAGUGUGACAGUGGACUGCACUGUGACAUCUCGUUUUGCCCACACUGUCAUGACCUCCAAGGCGUUCAACAAAGCAAGCUCGUCACAGGAAAUCUUUUUUGAAGUGGAGCUGCCCAAAACUGCUUUCAUCACAAACUUCAGCAUGGAAAUUGAGGGUCAGGUGUAUGUUGGAGAGGUGAAGGAGAAAGAGAAAGCUAAGAAACAGUACGAGAAGGCUGUUUCUUCUGGACAGACUGCUGGACUCGUCAAGGCUUCUGGAAGAAAGAUGGAGAAGUUUUCAGUCUCUGUCAAUAUUGCAGCUGAAAGCAACGUGACCUUUGUCCUGACAUAUGAGGAGCUCCUUCAGAGGAAACUGGGCCGAUAUGAGCUUUUGACCAGAGUCAAACCCAAAACACUGGUUCAGGACUUUCAGAUUGUGACAAACAUCUAUGAGCCUCAGGGCAUUUCUUAUGUUGACGCCCAUGCAACCUUCCUCCCGAAUGAGCUGCUCCCUCUGGUGGAGAAAACUGUCACAGACAGAAAGGUACGGGGUGGGGGGAUCAUAAGCAGAGAGCGCUUGCAAGCGCUGUCCUUAGACAUUUACGAUAGAAAAUCUGAACAUGCAAAUGUGAUAAAGUGUGUGUAUUUAUUUCAGGGUUUCUACGACGAAGUGGCCAGCCCUCUACUUUUAGAGGUGGACAUGCACUAUCCUGACAAUGCAGUGGAUUCUCUGACCACCAGCCACUUUAGCCACUUGUUUAAUGGCACAGAGAUUGUUGUGGCUGGUCAUUUAAUGGACAACGACCUUGACAACUUCCUGGUGGAAGUGAUUGGACAGGGGCUUGAAGAAGACUUCAGAGUCCAGGGUCAAGUGCGUGCCGCAGACUGGGAUGUUUUUUACCCAGACGAGGAGUACAUCUUUGGAGAUUUUACCGAGCGGUUGUGGGCCUACCUCACUAUCCAGCAGUUACUGGACAAGAGCAAGAGCGGUACACCAGAUGAGAAAGCCAACACAACAGCCAAGGCCCUGGAUAUGUCCCUGCAGUACAGCUUUGUCACCCCUCUCACAUCCAUGGUUGUUACCAAGCCCGAAACCGAAGACUCAACAAGCAGCCCUCUUAUUGCUGACAAGCUGACUGAAGAGCAAAGACAGCAGGCUGAAAAAAUGACAUAUAAUUAUAUACCUGCGCAGUCGUAUCCACAGCAUUACCAGCCAGCACCUGCAUAUUUUGGUAAGUACAUCAUAUACAGUUCAGAUAGGAUAGAUUGUGCUCCAGCUAUGACGUCUGACUUUGCUGAUAUUUACAGAUCUGCAUUAAGAAGCACAGUUAACAUUAUUGGAGACAAGAAAACUCCCCCUGAUGGGAAAAUAAACACCUAUUUUUGGCGUUUUGGCAUUGUCCACCAGACCCUUGGGGUCAGGCUAGAGGUGAGCACUGAGGACAUCUCGCUGUUCCAGGACGGCAAAUGGGUCAAACUGCUUUGGUCUGACGCGGCCUCCAUUAAAGGAUCCAAUGUGGAUCUUCUUGUGACCAAGGAUCGCAGCCUAACAGUAACACUAAGAGAUUCAGUUAAGUUUGUGAUUUUGCUUCACAAAGUGUGGAAGAAGCACCCAUACCACCGGGACUACUUGGGUUUCUACACCCUGGACAGUCACCUCCUGUCCCCUGGUGUUCAUGGCCUGCUAGGUCAGUUCUAUCAUGGGAUUAACUAUGAGGUGGCACACUUGCAUCCAGGAAAAGUCCCAGAGAAACCAGAUGCCACCAUGUAUGUGAAAGGACAGGAGCUCAAUGUAACCAGAGGCUGGCAGAGGGAUUUCAGGAACGAUGUGAAGAACGGGGAAAAUGUUCCGUGCUGGUUCAUUCACAAUAAUGGGACUGGCCUCAUUGACGGACAUGUGACAGACUACAUUGUUUCCGGCCUUUUUAAAUCUGUUUAAGAAGAGGCCACACAGCCGUACCAGCUGCUGAAAUCAUCAAAAUGCAAUUCUUUUAAAUAAAUAUUCAAAUCCGCAGGCACCAAUAACCAGCAACCAACACAAGACAGCUUUCAUUCAUAGUGCUGCAUACAUAAUAAUCUCAACAGUGUCAAGUACUUGGAGACUGUCUCAGUGUUUCCUUGUAUUAAAAUAUGUGCAAAACAGUCAUUAAAGAUGUGCUCAAGAUUGGUCAA